AUGCCGCAACCAUUGAACUCCAAGGACCAGUCCUUGUUUCGUCAAGUGGUUCGCAACUUUGAGCAGAAGCAAUACAAGAAAGGCAUUAAAACGGCAGACCAGGUUCUUCGCAAGAACCCCAAGCAUGGCGAUACACAGGCGAUGAAGGCUCUGAUCAUGAGUCAUCUGGGUCAGUUGGAAGAGGCGUUUGUGCUUGCCAAGGAGGCUCUGCGAAAUGACAUGAAGUCGCACAUUUGCUGGCACGUGUACGGCCUGCUAUACCGACAAGAGAAGAACUUCGAUGAAGCGAUCAAGGCCUACCGCUUUGCCUUGCGACUGGAUCCCGAAUCCCAACCUAUCCAGCGGGAUCUGGCACUCCUUCAGAUGCAGAUGCGCGAUUUCCAGGGAUAUAUCCAGAGCCGCAGUGCUAUGCUUCAGGCGCGCCCGGGUUUGCGACAAAACUGGACCGCAUUGGCUAUUGCUCACCACCUUUCCGGGGAUCUGGAGGAGGCCGAGAAGGUUUUGACCACCUACGAAGACACCCUGAAGGAUGGUAUCCCACCCGUUGCCGAUAUGGAGCACUCUGAGGCUUGCCUGUACAAGAACACAAUCAUCGCGGAGACAGGCAACCUGGAACGAGCCCUGGAGCACCUGGAAAAAAUUGGCUACCGGUGUACCGAUGUGCUUGCCGUGAUGGAGUUGAAGGCAGACUAUCUCUUGCGACUUGGCCGCAAAUCAGAGGCCGAAGAGGCAUACACCGCUCUGUUGGAGCGAAACCCCGAGAACUCAGUCUACUACAAUGGCUUGAUUCAAGCGAAGGGAAUCCCGGAGACUGAUCACAAGGCGCUGAAGGCUCUGUAUGAUGAGUGGGUGGAGAAGAACCCUCGCGGUGAUGCGGCCCGUCGCAUUCCCCUCGACUUCUUAGAAGGGGAAGAUUUCAAGCAGGCCGUCGAUGCCUAUCUGCAGCGGAUGCUGAAGAAGGGUGUUCCCUCGCUGUUUGCAAACAUCAAGUUCUUGUACUCCAACUCUGCCAAGCGCGACGUAGUGCAGUCGCUGGUUGAGGGAUAUAUCUCUGGCAAGGCUGGUUCGCAGGCGAACGGCUCUGCGGAAGGCAAGCAAGAUAACAACGAGUUCUUGACAUCCACCUACUAUUUCUUGGCCCAACAUUACACCUACGAGCUGAGCCGCAACCUCACAAAGGCCAUGGAGAAUGUUGACAAAGCCAUCGAACUGUCACCUAAGGCUGUUGAAUAUCAGUUGACCAAGGCACGUGUCUGGAAGCACCAUGGAAACCCUGUCAAGGCAGCGGAGGAGAUGGAGAAGGCUCGACUUCUUGAUGAGAAGGAUCGGUAUAUCAACACAAAGGCCGCCAAGUACCGCCUUCGUAACAACGAAAAUGAGAAGGGUCUGGAUCUCAUGAGCAAGUUCACCCGCAACGAAACCGUGGGAGGAACAUUGGGUGAUCUUCACGAAAUGCAAUGCGUUUGGUUCUUGACAGAGGAUGCCGAAGCGUUCCUGCGUCAGAAGAAGCUGGGCCUUGCGCUCAAGCGUUUCCACUCGGUCUUUAAUAUUUUUGAAACUUGGCAGGAGGACCAGUUCGACUUCCACAGCUUCUCCCUUAGGAAGGGAAUGGUCCGAGCCUAUGUGGAUAUGGUUCGUUGGGAAGACCGCCUGCGUGAGCACCCCUUCUACACCAGAAUUGCUCUUGGUGCCACCAAGGCAUACUUGCUUCUCAAUGACCAGCCCGAUCUUGCCCAUGGACCCAUUGCAAAUGGUCCCAACGGUACUGGGGUUUCGGAGGAGGAUCGCAAGAAGGCUCUCAAGAAGGCCAAGAAGGAGCAGCAACGCCUCGAGAAAAUCGAGUCUGACAAGCGGGACGCCAGAAAGGCAGCCGCUGCCAAUGCCAAGAGCCAAAGCGUGGACGGAGAGGUCAAGAAGGAGGACGCCGAUCCCCUUGGAAACACUCUGGUGCAAACGAAGGAUGCGCUCAAGGAUGCUAUGAAGUUCUUGACACCCUUGCUCGAGCUCAGUGCGCAGAAUAUUGAGGCUCAAUGCCUAGGCUUCGAGGUCUACAUCAGGAAAAACAAAUACCUACCCGCCCUGAAGUGUCUCUCAGCCGCUCAUGCCAUCGAUCCCUCAAACCCUACCCUUCACCUCCAGCUCCUGCAAUUCCGCAAGACAAUUGACAGCCUUACCGAUGCCCUGCCCGCUGAAGCUGCGGAAGUCAUCGAUACUGAGUUUGAGAAACUUCUUCCCAAGUCCCAGAACCUCGAGGAAUGGAACGAGUCUUACCUGUCAGCCAACAAGAACAGUGUUGCGCAUAUUCAAGCCGCUUUCCUGACUCGAAGGCUCAAUUGGCCUCUCUGGACACUCCCUACCGUCACCAUUGAAGAGGCCGUCGUUGCUCUUGAGAGGUUGAGCAAAUGGGGCAGCGACCCGACUGCAUACGCCGAGAAGGCUAGCAAGAAGUGGCCCGAGUCGUCAGUCUUUCAGCUGAACUGA